GAGGGAACGAAUCCUAAGUUUAUUCACGAAAACCAACUAGUUACUCCACCUCAAGUUCAAGAAAAAGAUGAGAACUCCUUAAGGCAGAAGAAACGAGUUACAUUCAACCAGGGAAAGCAGCAGCGCAAUCUUGGGGAGGUGUUAAGGGUCAAGGAAAAUGAGAGGCUCAUUGGAAGGGGCCUAACUUCAUGCUUGAUUACCAAAUCCUCAGAUACCAGGAUUCCAGCCGGUGGUGGAAAUAUUCCAAUAGAAAAGAAUUUAUCCCGCAGAGGCAGCGAAAGUUCAGGAAAUUCGUCUUUCAACAGGAGGUCGUCCGAUAUGCGAAUAACAGGAGGCGCAAAUAAUCCUAACAUUCGCAAUGUUGGAAAUCUGCCGCGAACAGACAGUGAAUGCCACUUUAAGGCACCGGGUCUCACUUUUCUUAAAACUCAACAGUUGGAACAUUCGACUCAUGAGAUUAGACUGAAUCCCGUGAAACCUAUUCGAAAGGAGUUGAAGAACAAGUGCGAUUUCUUUCCCAAAUAUGUGGACAAUCGUCCCUUUAAGGAUCAGACCACACAAACGCUAUAUAGGGAAUCCUCUGCUCAGACCUUGGCCUAUUUACCAGAAAUCGGCAACAAAGAAAAUGCGGAUACCCUGGAGCUGUUCUCUCUGGCCAAGUUAAUACCGGGCGAAAAGCCACCAGGACUGCAUGAAGUUGAGAUUUUAGAACGUGCCAGGAAGCGGUGGCUUUUCCAAGACGCCAUUAAGACAACCUCAAAGAGGCUCAUCAGUGAGGCUAAAAGUAUCGCCAUAAAACCAAAAUUUCAGAACCUACUCGAGGCCUUUGAAUGGGAGCAGUGGAUCGAGCGUGAGGAGUACAUACAGGAGUGCCAGAUGAUACGUCUCCAGAUCGUAAUUAAGAUGUUUGAUAAGCGAGAGAAGGAAAUGCAUGCAGCCUCAAGGAUUAGAAUCGAACAGGCCUGCGAAGGUAUCGAGAAGAGGCGUCAGGUGGCUCUGCGCAAAAACGAGAGUGAGUUUCAGCGAGAAAUGCGACGCUUGUAUAUCAAAAUGGCCAACAUACCGCGGAAGUGGAAGAAGCCGAGUCCCAUGCAAGAUCUGGGAUCUCCGUGCUCCGAAUUCUACGGUCCCCUGAUAAGGCACGGCGUUGAUCCUGCACGUCGAAGUUAUCAAUCGGUAACCGAACGCAAAGCAUUUGACAUGAGGAUCGAUGACCUGGAGAAGCGUGUGAACAUGAAGAAGGUGCAGUGUCCAUUUAGCAAGCUAAGGGAGUGGUCCAAGCCCAAGGAGUAUGUGAGGGAGUACGAGCAAAACUUCUGCAACGACCGCAAUCUCCAGAGGCUCUAUGAGUCCCUGAAACACCUUAGGACGCAAUCGGACGUCAAAAUAUAUCCAAAGUGUCUGAAGAAACGAUUGAAACGGUCGGAAGGCAGGCGCAGCUCUUCCAUUAGCUUAAUGUUUGAUUCUAGGAAGUACGCUCGUUACUCUCAAACUCGCAUCUCUCACCCGAUUGAGGAAGCGAGAGUUCAGCCAAAGAAACCCAAGCAGGCGGACCCUGUAAUAUUGAAAUCAACCUCAAGGGGACAACAGGAUCUAGAGCAUCUAAUUUAUACCUAUGAAGGAACCUAUAUUGGCAAUAUCAUGCAAUUCCUUUCCGACGAAAUGGGCAGACUCAAGACGCAGCGCAAGCUCCACUUCUUCACGAUUCUGGCCCACAGGGAACGUUUGAGACGGGAGGCUAGCGAGGCGGGAAUGAGGCAGACGGAGAAUGACAUGAGGAUACUGUAUGAGGAGAUAUUCCAGCGUUCCCAUUCCGGGGUCCAGGAUGUCUCGCAGCAAUAUAUCGAUACUAUAAUGGAGAGGGACGUAGAUGAUAUAAUGGGUGAAUCAGCUGCCAAGACUGUCAACGAGAUGGCGCAGCAAAUUGAUAAAGAUAUAAACAGGUGGCUCGAUAGCUUUAAGAUGGUCCAGAAUCCCCUCACCUAUGUUCCACUGCGGCAGAUGCUGAAGGGCAUGGUUUGUCCAGAUGUGGAGGCAGUGAUCAAACGGGGAGAAAAUGUUCUGAUUACCCAGUACAUUGUGGAAGAUGUGAUCUUCGGAAGGGUGUGGGAGAUACUUGAACCGUUCGACGUAGUCUCUACCUUGACCAGUGAUUUUAUUGAUCGCCUCAUUGACAACGAUCUGUUCCUCUUCUCCUCGGAUAGCGAGAGCGAAACUCCACAUAAGAGAUCCUGGUACGAAGCCGAGGCCAUCAUACGAAAGCUAAUCCGACAGGCGGUGCCCGGCCAGCGCUGGAUGGAGGAAACGGAAAGGGUUGUAGCCGAAACCUACAACGAUCUGUUCGACGACAUAUUCGACGAGAUUAUGGACAAAGCUGAGAAUCCGCCAAUGGUCCUACCCUCCGACCUAAUCGUGGUGUGUCCAAGUGUUGCCAUGUUCAAGGUAUGCCAACAUAAGCCAAAGAUGAGGAGGACGGUAUCGCAUGAGUCAAUGCAAAGGGCCAAGUUCUUGCGCGGCCAAGUUCUAAGCUUGGUUAAAAAGUUCAAAGAUGACAAUGUUACCGGGGUGCUGGCGACCGAUGAGCUGAUGAAUUUUGAUUCAGAUAAUUCGGUUAAAAAAGAAAAAUUUGUUGGAAGGCAUAGUUUUCAAAAAAAGAAGAUCAAACCUUCGACAGCAAAACCCAAAAUAGAUGUAUCGCCAGUUACAAGUAUUGAAGAUAUUUGCGAUGCUGGUUAUGAGCUAAACUCUCCGGGCGUCAUCCAUUCAACUACGUCCUCUCAACAGAUUGAACCCGAUUCCGAUUUGGAUAUGGAUGUGCAAAGCCUAGAGGCAGUAAGUGUAGCAUCUCCACAUCCAAAUAGUCCAGUAUCAAAAGCUCCAGUACCAAAUAUUGUUGGAGAGAAAACAGAGCAAAAAGUUUCGGAAGCCACAAAAAAUAAAGAACCUGAGGCAGCUAAAGAGCCUGAAGAGCCUGAAGAUGAAAUAGAGGAUUACCAGAUAGGUCAACCGAUACAGUAUGCGAAACACCACUCUACGAUCUUUAGUUUCCGAUAAUUCGAUCUAGAUAUUUUUAACAAAGCUAUUGUCAUUAUCUUGGAAUACCGAACAAAAAAUAAAAUAAAUAUACUUUCCUUAAA